ACUUCACUUCAGUUGACUGAUUCGAAGUUAUCGCAAGGAGAAACGUUAUCAGUUUAUCACCGAAUGUGUUUUUAUUUCCAAUCUCCAAGAAUCAUCUACAGUGAAAUUAAUUUUCUCAAAAGUCUCCCUGUGUCUUUUAAUAUUUCUCUGCAAAUUCGUCAUGCUUCAAUUUAUUAGAGACUUGAACUGUGAUUCAAUAGGCUAGUGCAUCAAUAUCUAGGAACUGGGCUAGGCCAUGGACAUGAACAAUGCCAGUCUCUCCAGCCAAAUUAUGUCAGAUGCUUAGCUCCCUACACUCAUGACUGUCAUUUAUUCUCCUCCUGAUACUUUGUGAGUUCAGUUCGCAGGCAAGCUGAGGCAGCGUGCUCCUUGAGAAGAGUCCUGGAGCUAUGGUCACAAUGAGCUCAGAAAAAGCCGCACGGCGCAAACUGGAACCCAAUCGCGCUAACAUAUCAGCGAGUCAACCUCUGCCCCAAAUUGCGGCUCAUUCUAGUGAUGAAUCACCGAACCAUUUAGUUUACAAGAAGAUGGAACAAAUUAUUGAACGGAUGCAAGAUGAAAACACUGGAGUACCUGUCCGCACAGUCAAAAGUUUCAUGACCAAAAUUCCCUCAGUUUUUAUAGGAGCCGAUCUCAUCUCUUGGAUGCUCAAGAAUUUAGAUGUUCAGGAUCAGGCGGAAGCUCUUCAUUUAGCCCACCUCAUGGCAAUUCAUGGGUACUUAUUCCCCAUCGAUGACCAUAUGCUUACCGUGAAAAAUGACAAUACAUUUUAUCGAUUCCAGACCCCGUACUUCUGGCCAUCAAACUGCUGGAAACCAGAUAAUACGGAAUAUGCUGUUUACUUGUGCAAGCGUACAAUGCAGAAUAAAACGCGCUUGGAGUUAGCUGAUUAUGAGGCUGAAAAUCUUGCUAGUCUUCAAAAAAUCCUAUCCCGAAAAUGGGAAUUCAUCUUUAUGCAAGCAGAAGCUCAAAGUAAAGUUGACAAAAAAAGAGACAAACUAGAAAGAAAGGUCCUAGACAGUCAAGAACGUGCAUUUUGGGAUGUUCAUCGACCCAUGCCUGGAUGUGUAGACACAACAGAGGUUGAUAAACGGAAAGAGUGUCGGAUGACUAGAACUCAGUCUAAAAGUGGAAAAGAAUCAACAACUCCCAUAGUUCACGUUCCUGCCACAAUAAAUGUUCAGAAUAGCAAAACAAUUCAAGAAGCAAAAAAAGAGGUCAUAGGGCUAAAACUCAAGUUAGAUCGGCGGAAUAUCAAGCUUUCUAAAGUUGCAGAAACGUAUAUAAAUUACUUUGAACAAUACAUUGAGUAUGAUCCAUUUUUCACCUCCACGGAAUUUCCAAAUCCGUGGCUCUCUGACACCACUGAAUUGUGGGAUCAGGAAAAGCUAGCGAAAGAAAUAACUAUUCGGCGAGUCAAGAGGUGGGCUUUUAGUCUCCAAGAACUUUUAGCAGAUCCUGUUGGGCGAGAUCAUCUUACAAAAUUUUUGGAAAAAGAAUUUAGCGGAGAAAACCUCAAAUUUUGGGAAGCAGUCCAAGAACUGAAAGCAUUGCCGCAAAAAGAUGUUGAAGGCAAAGUGAAUGAAAUUUGGGCUGAAUUCCUAGCUCCUGAUGCGAAAUGCCCAAUAAAUGUUGAUUCUCAAAGUUAUGAACUGACAAAGAAAAAUAUGCUUACUCCAGAUCGAUGGACGUACGACACUGCAGCGGCACAUGUUUAUCAUCUAAUGAAAAGUGAUAGUUACCCGCGCUACCUACGAUCAGAAAUGUACAAGGACUUCCUCAGUGGUUCGAAGAAAAAAACUUCAGUGAAAGGAAUACAUUCUAUCGUUUCGUUUUCAAGACGCAAGGAUGCCUCUACAUCCUAGUUGGUUUUCAUUGUGGUCAUCAAAUUGUUCUCUCUCCCAAA